UCGUUCAUAAUACUCUUCUGACAUAUCCUACUCAUCAUAAAUCGGCAGAUAUAUACAAAAAAAAAAGAAAAAAAAAAGGAAGUAGUCCUCUUUUAUUUUUAUUUAUUUAUUUAUUUAUUUAUUUUUAUCUAUUGAUUAGGGCCGGAGGAAAGUAUUGUUGGGUUGGUUACCUCCCUUCGUUUUCCCUCCCACCCACCCCUUGCAUGCACCCCGUUCGGUACAGUGCCACGUCACAGUGCCAGAUCAGCAGUGCCACGUCAGCAGUGCCAUGUCAGCAGUGCCAUGUCACAGUGCCAAGUCACAGUGCCACGUCAGCAGUGCCACGUCACAGUGCCAGAUCAGCAGUGCCAUGUCAGACACAGUGCCACGUCAGCAGUGACGUCCGACACAGUGCCACGUCAGCAGUACCAUGUCAGACAAUGCCACGUCAGCAGCAGUGCCACGUUAGCAACAGGACGGGCUUGCCAGGCCAACUGCCCAAUGAGACCAUUGCCGCCUUCAAGCAGCGUUGCCUGGCUCAGAUAGAGGCUGAGGAACAAUGCCUGCUGGCAGUCGAGGCUGCCCGCGUACAAGCUGAAGAGGCAGCAGCAGCAGAGAAGCUGCGGCUACAGGCCGAUGCAGACGCAGAUGCCCAGGCUCGCCACAAGGAAGCCCAGGAUCUGCUGCAGCGGCAUGAAGCCAACAGCAUCGACAGACUCAAGUACUGGCAUUUUAAACCGAAUGGCGACGAGGCAACACCGGAAGAGAAGCACAAGGAGUUCCUCUCCAAACUCGUGACGCGGUUGUUGUAUGCUUGCAACUACCAAAGGUCAGAGUUGGAGAGACAGUAUCAGGAGUUGGCGACGCUCCGCCUCACAGUGCAAAGCCACGAGGAUGCAACUCGGGCACUCAAUGCCCAAUUGUUGGACCUGGAACAGGCUGCUCUAGUGGCUUUGAGUGCGAAGAAGCAAGUGUACGCGCCGCUGAAGAGUGCGUUCUCAAGAGAAGCCAUCAGAACGUUCAUUCGAGAAGCUGGCUAUGGUGGAAGAGAUAUAAUGUCCGUCAGCACUAUCCCACAAGUGCAAGCAAUUGGACCAUGGGAUGGAAAAGACGGUGAGCUCAUUGAGGAGGAGGAGUUCUCGCUCUCAGAUCUUAUGGGUGGUGAUGAUGAUGGCGAGGUUGCUGAAAAGGAGGCUGACAACGAUGCGGAAAAGGAGUUAUGAUAAGGGUCAUUCCGAGGUUGGGAAAUGGGACUGACGCCGGCACUGUUUUUCAUGGUGAUAAGGAGUAGGUGACCAUGGUGAUAAGGAGUAGGUGACCAUGGUGAUAAGGAGUAGGUGACCCGUGUCAGGAAAUGAGUUAAUUGUUCACUGUGCAUGCAGAAGAUGUACUGCUGAGAGUUUAGUAGCGUGCAGAUGAGAUUUCGAUUUUGAGUCUUUUUGCAUUUGAUGUCCAACUGGGGAGAAAAUAUGAUGCAAGAGGAGCUAUGAGGUUGGGUGGUUUGUGUCGUUGGACUCUACGCUACUCUUGCAGCAGGGAGGGUUGUGUUAUUGAGCUCUUGCUGUUUCUAUGCUGUACAACUUGGUUGAGGAUAAAAAGUUUUGGAUUUC